AUGGCUGAAGUGUAUGAAGAAUACCCGCUCAAGGCGGAUAUACGUACAAUGAUGGCCGAGACACCUCUUCCGAUCAUCCCCGAGGGGAUGAUAGACCCUGCCAACAUGACCGGAAGCACGACUACCAGCAUCGCCCUCGAUCUCUUCGAAAAACUCACAUCAGCACUGAAGGCCAAUGAUGCGACUGCUCUGGAAGACUGCUUCUUCGCGGAGCAGGCAUACUGGAAGGAUCAGCUAGCACUAACGUAUCACCUUCGAACAUUCCAACAGGCGAGCGUCAUUGCAAGCAGUCUCUUAGAGACAAAGAAUCUCCGAGGAGUAGCAGAUAUUAGAAUUGAUGGAGUCGCGAGUUUCGCGCCGGUCACUCCUACCCUCCAAUUCAUCGACUGUAAUUUCACAUUCAGCACAGCGUCCCCAGCUGCCCACUGUCAUGGCAAAAUUAUUCUCCUACCCCACAAGCGCCAAACUGGGAAUAAGAAGAUAGUGAGCUGGAAAAUUUGGGUAUUGAGCACCAGACUUGAGGACUUUGUCCACUAUCCCGAAAAGUUGAGUUUGUUGCGGGGUCCUGCAAAGCAGCUGGGCAUUCUCGAAUAUUUCGAAACCGAUGUGGUUAUCAUCGGUGGCGGCAACAGCGCAGUGACAGUCGCUGCUCGGCUGAAGGCUUUGGGCGUCGAGAGCGUCAUGCUCGAUCGGAACCCCACCCCGGGAGACAACUGGGCUCUUCGCUACCACGCAAUGAAGUUCCAUAUUCCAACAGUAAUAUGCACCAUGGCGUACCUGGAAUACGCAAAAGAGCAGCAAUUUCCACACUUCCUCACCAGAGAGGAACUUGCAAAUCAGGUGAAGCGAUACGUGGAAAUAUUCAAUCUGAACAUUCUCAACUCGACCAAGGUUAUUUCGACAACAUAUAGCCAGGCUUCAAAACUCUACACAGUGACAUUUUUGUCACCCACCGGUCAGCGUGUUGCGGUGGCCAGGCACAUAGUUCAAGCAACAGGGAUAGGAUCGCAGAAGCCUCAUAUGCCGCAUAUGGCUGAUGCUGAUCUUUAUCGGGGUGUCAGUGUUCACUCUACUGUCUAUCGUAACGCCAAAGACUUGAAGAUGCUUGGUGUCAAGUCUGCUCUGGUCGUAGGCUCAGCAAACACCGCGUUUGACAUUCUCGAGGAUUGCUACGCUGCCGGUCUGGCGACCACAAUGGUUGUUCGCUCCCCGACUUACAUCUUCCCAGUCGCGUACGUGUGCGAUCCUGCAGCGCAUGGAAAUUACGAGAAGCUUGGCGUGGAAGCAGAUAAGGAUUCUAUGGCGAUGCCCACUAACAUCGACGCUCACAUGGUGCGGGGACACUUCUCCCACCUUGCCUCUCAAGAGCCGGAUCGCUAUGCCGCCCUUGCCAAAGCCGGAUUCCCCGUCUUAGACAGCCGCUCACCGGAAUGCUGCUUGAUGGUCAAUUUGUUUGAAAAGGCUGGAGGACACUAUCUCGAUGUGGGCGGCACGGCGCUGAUCGCCGAGGGUAAAGCAGGUGUCAAAGCCAAUGUCGAGCCCGUUGCCUUCACUACCACUGGACUCAAAUUCUCUGACGGUAGCACACUUGAUGCGGAUGCCGUGGUGUGGUGUACGGGAUUUGCUGACCGAGACGCGCGUACGACGGCGGCAAACAUACUGGGGGCCUCGACAACGAAUGACAUUAACAAUCCGUCAAGAGGAGACCAAGACGGAAACAGCGGAACCCUUGGACCUCGAGAGAUCGCCGCUCGACUUGAUGCAACUUGGGGUGUCGAUUUGGAAGGAGAGGUUCGGGGAGUGUGGAAACGGCAGUCCCGGCUUGACAACUACUGGGUUAUGGGUGGUGAUACGAGGCUUCAGCGAUGGCAUUCACGGACUUUGGCAUUGCAGAUCAAAGCUGAACUCGCAGGUAUUCUGCCACCAGCCUAUCGGGAUACACCUAUUCCCAAGCGCCGUUCAGGUGAUUCCAGUCGUCUCUAG